UAGACAUCCAACAUAGCAAGCCUUAAAAUUGUGCAUGACCGUGAAACAGCAACCAAUUUCAGUAAAAAAUGAGGUUGCGCCAAGUAAAUGGACACCCAGCAUGGCAAGCCUUAAAAUUGCACACAACCGUGAAACAGCGACAAACGUCAGUGCUCUAUAUUUUGUAUAGGCCAGAGUUUCUCAACCUUUUUUUCAGUGAAGGCACCCUAUAAAAUGAUGGAUAAUCUCAAGGCACCCCAAUCUAAAAUCAGAGACAGUCAAGGCACCCUUUAAAAUUAUGGACAGUCCCGAGGCACCCUUUAAAAUUAUGGACAGUCCCGAGGCGCCCUUUAAAAUUAUGGACAGUCCCGAGCCGCCCUUUGAAAUUAUGGACAGUCCCGAGGCACCCUUUAAAAUUAUGGACAGUCCCGAGGCACCCUUUGAAAUUAUGGACAGUUCCGAGGCACCCUUUAAAAUUACGGACAGUCCCGAGGUACCCUUUAAAAUUACGGACAGUCUUGAGGCACCCUUUAAAAUGAUGGACAGUCCCAAGGCACCCUUUAAAAUUACAGACAGUCUUGAGGCACCCUUUAAAAAAUGGACAGUCCCGAGGCACCCUUUAAAAUUAUGGACAAUCCCGAGGCACCCUUUAAAAUUACGGACAGUCUCGAGGUACUCUUUAAAAUUACGGACAGUCUCGAGACACCCUUUAAAAUUAUGGACAGUCCCGAGGCACCCUUUAAAAUUUAUGGACAGUCUUGAGGCACCCCAUUCUAAAAUGUGA